UACUCUAAACAUACGAAAUAUAUAGCAGUUAAAUUUGUCCUGAAGCCAGAGCUUGCUACAUCAUGUCCAUUCCCACUGCUGUCAAUCAUUAUCCAGCUAGCAUAUUGUUCGGAAGGUGGAGCUGUCAGGCAGAAGAAAUAAAAGGUAAGAAGAGAAAGACUUCUGUUUAUUGCUGAUGUCAAGGGUAAGUGAGAUCGUGCUUUGUGGCUGUUGGCUUUGCAACUUAUGUCAAACCUUUAAGCAGAGUCCCCUUUCUCUGCCCCACCCCCUCACCCUGCCCCUAUAUAACUCAUGCUGCAUUUAGCAACACCUGCUUUUGCACUGCCGGUGGUGGAGUUAGUGUGUGCCUGCUUUUCGCCUAUGCGGAUGGAUGCUCUCGGUGCUGACAGCUCCCUUGGAUGGCUCUGCGUGGGUGUAACAGCGCUGUUUGGGGCGACGGUGCUCUGCAUGGCCAAGAGGAGCCAGGUGGAUGCAGCGAAGGUGCUCGUGUGGACUCUGCUGCCAGCCUUGCUGGGGCUGCUGUGCUCCGCCACGCUGAGCACUUGCGGGGGGCUGGUUGUGUUUUUGGCAGUGUGUCUCGUCUCUUCCCUGUACCUGGGUGCCGGGGCAGCGCUGCCUGUGGGUGACAAAGCUGUGCUCGUCACAGGAAGUGACACCGGGAUUGGACAUGCACUGGCCAAAUACCUGGACAACUUAGGUUUUGUUGUAUUUGCUGGGGUUUUGAAUAAGGAUGGACCUGGGGCUGAAGAACUGAGAAGGAGCUGUUCUCAGAGGCUUUCCCUUCUGCAGCUGGAUAUAACCAAUCCUACCCAAGUCAAGGAAGCCUAUCUCAAAGUUUCAGAGAAAGUGCAAAAUACAGGGCUCUGGGGAGUUGUGAACAAUGCUGGCAUCCUGGGGUUCCCUGCAGAUGGUGAGCUGCUCCCUAUGAGCACGUACAGGCAGUGUAUGAAUGUGAAUUUCUUUGGGGCCGUGGAAGUGUCCAAAACAUUUUUACCGUUACUUCGGAAAUCCCAGGGAAGGCUUGUUAACGUAUCAAGUAUGGCAGGAGGCAUUCCACUACCAAAGUAUGCUGCAUACGGUGCAUCAAAAGCAGCUCUGUCCAUGUUUUCUGGAGUAAUGAGGCAAGAGCUUUCCAAAUGGGGAAUUAAAGUUGCUGCAAUUCAUCCAUCGGGCUUCAGAACAGGUAUACAAGGCACAUCCGAACUGUGGGAUAAACAAGAAAAGGACCUGAUGGAGAACCUCCCAGCAGGCGUGAGGAGCGAUUAUGGAGAAGACUACCUCCUGGAGCUGAAGAGCUACCUCCUGCGCAUGCCUGCACACUGUGACUCUGACCUCUCCCCUGUGCUAAAUGACAUUCUGCACGCUUUACUGGCCAAGAGGCCGCACGGCUUGUAUACUCCCGGCAAAGGGGCUUAUAUGCCUCUCUGCAUCUUUUGCUACUUUCCUCUCUGGUUGUAUGACUUUUUCAUUAGUAAGUUACUAAGUACUGAGCCUGUCCCAAGGGCGCUGAGAACGUCAGAAGCUAGAAACAAGAACCUCUAAGGUGUCCAUCCACGUUUAUCUUACGUGGCGAGAUAGCUGAGACAAACACUAUUUUAAGACACUGCUAUUUAUUGUACUUUGUUAAAUUGCGUUUACCCUGCCUUGCAAACUGAGGCAAAUCUGUGUUAAGUGUGACGUUCAGGAAAAGUCAUAGAUAUACAGCAACAGAAAACAAAAUUCUUCCAAGUAAGCCCUCUCUGGGGGUUAACAGUGCAAGCUGCCUUCGUGUCCUGCCUUUGGUGCAAGGUAUCUCGAGAGGUUAUCUAGUUCCUGGCUGCUUCAAGAGGCCCUACUACCAACAUGCUGUUGUCUGUCUAACCUGAUCCUUAAAAAAAGAGAGAGUAGAAAAUGGAGAUUACAUGAACACCUUAAACAUUAAAAGCUGUCUUACUGUGGCAAAGAUUUUUCUGAAUGUCUAAUAUAAAUCCAUGUAAAUACUGCAACUUCAGACUAAUUUUAUGUCUGCCAGGGACAGAACAAAUGAUUGACCCUUUCUUAAACUUCCUCUCCCCCUGCCCCAAGUUUUGUGAAGUACAGCUGUAAUGUUUAUGACAUGUCCUCUUUGCUAGACUAAGCAACAUAAAUUUUUCUGAUCUAUCUUUGCUCAAUUUUUUUCCAAGCCUUCCACCAAGAAGCAAACAAUCUCCUUUUAAAAAAAAAAAAAAAGUAAUAGUGAGUAUUCCCAGCGCUAAUUUGAUAUUACUGUCUUGGACAGUCUGUUUUGUCUGUAUAUGCUUGUACUUCUUUAUUUCUAAUUGGAAGUGGGAUCAGAGUUUACUAACACUUCUUGUACACUUUCUUAUUUAGUUUUGUGUCUAUGAAGAAUUCAUGAUUUAAGUAGUUUCUCUUAAUGCUCUUCCUGUUUUUCCCCUCUGCUUUGGGAGAGUUUGUGCUUGCUUCUUUAAGACCAGUAACUCUUCAUGUCUGCUUUAUUGAGGUCUGCUGUCUGUCCUCUGAGCUACCACUUCUUCUUGUCUCAUGCAUCUUGCACCUUUAUGCCUUCAGUUGUUCCCUUUCCACUGAAUCUAUUGUAGGAGCGUUGAGUGUCUCUCUGCUGCUCUUGCUUUCCUGCUCACAAAGUCCCACCCCUUUUUUGCAUUGCUCUUCGUACUGUCCUGUUUUGGAAGGUUCUGAUAUGUUGGGGGGGAAAAAAAGCUGCAUUCAUCUGAUCUCCCUGGUUUGGCACUCUGUACUAGGCCUGGCUAUGACAAAAAGCAUUUCCUGUUGGAUGGUAGAAAGUCAAAAGUCAUUCUAGACUUUGAAUGGAGAUGAACUUCUUUUCCUGCCCUUUCUGAACAAACUCUAAUCUUCUGUCAUAGUCAUGUCACUUGUUUCGAUCAGCUGACUGACAGAAUUACAAUUUAAUUUGCCUCCAUAAUAUUCCUUCCCCCCCCCCUUUUUUUUCUAUGCAUCUUUUAUAUCAAUACAAGACUCCUAUUAAUGCAUAGAGGAUGCUCAGCAGUUUUAGCCCACUAUUUUAAAUCUUAUCCUGGUGUGGAAAUCCUUCUGUCUUGUGUAUUUUGUUAUGACUUCUGCUGCUGUGGCUUAGCUCCUGGUAGGUUUGCGCAAGUCUCCCUAUGACAGAUUUUUGCUUUCCUCUGAGAAAAUGUGGCCAAAAACGUUCUUCUCUUAGGCAAUCGAGGGCUAUUUCUGUCUCCCUGCCCACUUCCUCUUUUACCUUUUCCCAGAAACUUCUUUUAUUUACCAGCAGAAAUAAAUAAUAAAUUGUGUUUAGAAGCUGGGUUGUUCUGACUUUUUGUCUGAUCUAACCCUUUGUGCUUUUGGGGGACCAGGACUGCACCCAGCUAGGUGGUUUCCCUUAAUUCUGAUGUUGCCCUUGUUUUUGUAGGAGGAAGGUGGCAGGGCGCCCACCACGGGAGAGCCUGGCAGGAGAGCUCCCGUGGGGAUGCAGCAGAUGCUUGUAACGCCCAGGGGCUCUCCUCAGAGUGUUGAAUACCUUCAGGGUUAGGGAACUACUGAACAGCAGGCUAUCUUGAUCUCCAUCUUGAAUGGAAGUGGUUAUUUUUCACUUAACACCCAGAUUAGGGAUAACUUAGGCGGUCUGGAAUUUUGCCCUUAGGGGCUAAUAAACAUUAUGCAACCCGAAUUCCUCCUUAGCAGCCUGUUAGCUGUUUUAUGUAACUAUCUUCCUAACAGACUUUGUUUCUACGUUACAUGACUGUAGUUAAAAAUUGUAUU